AUGUAACCUCCGAAUCAGCUAAUAUCUUGAGAGAGCCCAUAUGGUAUCUACGUUACAUAUCCACUUAGUGUCAUUCAUAUAUGGGGCAUAACUGGUUGUCAAAAAAUACAUGGCAGGAUGCUCUAGGUGAGCAGAAGAAUCUAAUAUCAUCAGACAUAUGUAAUGCCACAGCUGAAUUAAAUACAAAAUCAUGACAAAAACCAACUACAGAGGCACACAUCUGAAAAAGGGACGACAGCCCAUUGUUUUUACUCUAGACGUUACGUUAGUUACACUCAAGCUACUACGCCAAAAAGGUUGUGAGAAAGCUGCUGACUACCUUAUAAACAUGAAACUACUCUGUUGGUGCUCAUCAGAUGAGCACAGGCUAAAACUGCUUUUCCAGAUUAUGUUCUUUAUCCCUUUUACAGCUGUUUUUUCCUGUACACAUUCCUUCCACCAGUGAGGUGAAUAUUCAGAUGACUUCAAGCUUAUAUACUUCUCAUAGGAUAGAAACGUGUGAAGACUGAUAAUCUUUCUUAACAGGUGAUUUAACUUGGAGAUUAGCACAGAUUUUCACUAGUUAAAGUAGGCAUAAUUCUGGAAAGGGUGUGAAUAGGAGAAAAAAGUGAAUGGAAAGCAGAAAUACGAUUGUUCUUCAGUCAUGAAUUUCUUAGCCUACUGAGGAUGCCAGUCAGAGUCUUUACAUCUCUUUCGAUAUUGUGUGGUGAGCCAGAUUUUGAAUUUAAAAAAAAACAACAACUUAGAACUAGUGAUCUUACUGGUUGUUAAUCCAGUACCUGGUGCGUUUCAAUACUGCGAAUCACCAAUUCUCUGUAAGUUGAGUUAGUGAUGCUAGUUCGUGGAAGGUGUUCAUUUCUGUGAAAAGUUUUCUUACUGUUUGUGUUUUUAGGUCUUACCGUGUGGAUAUUUGGCAUUCAGUCUUUGUAGUUGGUUUUACGUACAAUCUCAAGAAGCGGCUAAUUGCGCCCGGGAGUUUUUAAAAAGUGCUACAAAGGACCAGACUGAUAGUGUUUUGAUACGUGAUAAAUUGAACAAUCCGAAAUCCCUUGAAAAUAACAAGCACUUUUGGCCUACAGUCCUAAGUUUGGUUUUACAAGCUAGAUGUCAAGAUGCAGCCAGUCUACUUGUUUUGCAUUCUAACUCUAACGGUCGUGGUCUUCGAAGUCUCCGCCAACUUUUGUCAGCUAUGCCAGUCGCUUCGGAUUCUGAAAAAGAAGGUAUAUGGACUGAAUAUGGUGCUCAGUUUUCACAGGCUUGGAAUUACUGGCAAUCCGAGUGUCAACAUCGGAUGUCAUCAGGAGAGUUCGAACAUGUUGGUGGUGACGCAGUUUCAAUCGAAUAUGUUAAGUUGAUUGUGAAUAUAAUUUCCGGGCGCACUUCUGUUUGGGAUGAUCCACGAAUUCUGGAAGUUACUAAAGGUUCGCGUGGUUGGUAUUUUCGUUUUGUGUCAUUUGUCUUCUACACUGACCAGCUGGUGAAUGUCGAAGGUCUUAGUAAAAAUCUUGACCGGUGGUUAGCUUUGACAUCAAAAGAAAAUACUGAACCAGGUUCAAAUUUUGAUCAGUCUGUUGAUGCUAUAAUUACAAGCAUUUUUCGUAUGGAUCUGUUUUCCUUUGUUCGUAUAUCAAGUGAAAAGUUGGGCAACUGGUGGUUUAUUGCACACUUUACAAAUCUUCUAAAUCAUAUGUAUCCGGGUAUUUUAAAUGAAUGUCUAGGUGGAUAUAAAAAAGGUUCAGUGAAAUCCACUUCUGAGCUCAGCGGUUCAUCAUAUCAAGGUGAAAAGGGUGUUUCCAUAGUUGAAUUUUUCCUUUUGGGUUAUGUGGAGUCUUUGUCUUCAGAAACUUGUUUACUGUCUAUUGCACUUGGAUAUUUAGAUCAUUGUAAAUCUGGCCGAACACUCCAAUCCACCUUAUUGUUGAGACAUGCUCGGCCAGUAUCAAAUAGAGCUACAAACUGGUUCAUCAUUCAAGCCCAAAUUAGAGGACUACAUUCUACUGUUGAAGAAAUCGCCAGGCUAAAUUGUCGUAGAUAUUUAAAUUUGUCUCUACAAUCCAAUGAAAGCACCAACCACUUAAUACCUGUAUAUGCUUCGACAUGCAUGGCUGUUGGAUGGGCUUUACGUGCACAUGAUUAUCCGACUGUUAAUCGGUUGGCUGAGAUUUCUCUUGCUAGAGAUUGUGGAUUUAUGAAUAAGGAUAUAUCGGAUGGAGAUCAAAAAGCCGCCGCCUAUUCUGUAAAUUCAGAAGUCAGUAAGUUGGCAGCGAUAAUACGCGGAUAUUUUAGAACAUUGCCAGUUAGUGAAUCUUCAAGCAACACUGCGCAAACAACAACACAGAUCAGUCGCCUUCCCUUAUCACCUGAAUUGGCUUUCUUAAUCCGUUAUUCUGAACUGCAACAAUGCUUUAAUGAUGGUCAUGUCGAAAGUGCAGUUGAUCGCCUAAUUGAUCUCUUAGUUACAAGUUCUGGUGUUUCUUCUACUUCCAAUACCGAUAAACAAGAUUGGACAAAUUCUUCAUCCUUAAGUAUAGAUUUACGCAUACCAACUCGUCUCAAAAUAAGACUACUAUCUGAAGUGAGACAUUUGUUGGGACGGAAUCGUCUACGUCGAGAUCAGGUUGAAGUGUUGAUUAGUGCUCUUGUUGAAUUAAGAGCAGACUUAGACAUGAAUUGUAACAAUACAAGCAUCAACACUGAAAUGCAUUCUUUAUUAACGAAAAUCCAUAUGUCUCUUGCCAAAGAAUUGGCGUCAACAUUUUUCAGCCCUUGUGAAAGCAUUCCUUUAACUCCAUCUGAAUCACCCAACAGUGCAGUUAGUUUGGAUUGGCCUUAAUUGUUUUUUUCUUCUUUCUUUCAGCUAAUAUCAUCUUCUUUAAAAAAAAGAUUUUCCACAUUGUAAAAAUCUUUCCUCAUUGUACAUUUUUCAUGAUUUUAUGUAUUCUGUUCAUUUAGUAGUAAAGAUUUCAAUAUUUUGCUUUAUUGUGAAUAUGUUGUACAAUCUUUAAAUAUAUGGGGCUUGCCGCCAUCACUAUGUUUGUAUCCGAGAUUAGUUGUUGAUUAAAUUAUUUUCCAGUGUGAAGUAAUUUCAGUUUCGAUUUUAAUGAG